AUGAGGAUAGACGAAGCACUUGACCAUAGCCGGCAGAUCGCCCGCAAUAAGCAUAACGAAGAAGUAACGAAAAACCGGAAGGGUAUGCGAACUUUAAUUGAGAUCACCUGUUUCCUUGGCACUCACGGUCUCGCCUUUCGCGGACAUUAUGAAUGUUCUGAUUCCACGAACAGAGGAAAUUAUAAAGACCUCUGCACGUUGAUCGCCGCCAGGGAUCCAGCAUUCCAGGACUUUAUAAAUAAUAAAGUUUUCAGCGGAACGUCGGGAGGCUUUCAGAACGAGCUUAUAGAAUGCAUUGAAAGCUACAUGCUUCAAACAAUUAAAAGAGAAGUUUUUGAUGCUGAGUUCGUGUCCAUUAUGAUGGAUGAAUCAACAGAUUCGGCUCGGUUAUCGCAACUAUCUUGUACUCUGCGCUACUUACGGCCCGAUGGAACACCAGUUGAAAGGCUCGUUAGAUUGGCAGACGUUAGCAGUGACAAAACCGCCGCUGCGUUGGCCGGACACGUUGAUGAAAUAGCAGCGUAUUUUGGUCUUGAUGGUGACAAAGUUGUAGCUCAGAGCUAUGAUGGAGCUGCUGUAAUGUCCGGGGACAAAUCUGGAGUGCAAAGAUUGGUGAAGCAACGGUUUCCAAAAGCUGGAUAUAUCCACUGCCGCGCACAUGUGCUUAAUUUGGUGCUACUUCACUCGUGCACAAAUAACAAGAAAUCAGCAAGGUUUUUCAACACGAUCUCAUCACUCGCGGCAUUUUUCUCGCAGUCACCUAAACGCAGCGAGACAUUAAAGCAAUUUAUGGAGACCCACAUACCAAAUGUUUGCAAGACCAAAUGGUCGUAUAAUUCGCGUAUGAUCAAAAUAAUUGAUUCGAAUUAUGCAGCGAUUAAUGAAUGUUUAGAUGUUCUGUAUCAAAUUUUGCAAACAAAAGAAUUGGACGUAGUAGAAUGUUUACGUAACGUCAAGGCUUGCCUCGCUUCUAUCGAAGAGCUCAAAGCAGAGCAUCAUUUCUACAGAACGCUUAAUGAUGCAAUUGAUGUUUCUGGCGAAACGGUCACUGAUAGCAACGGUAUCACUUAUCGUCCCAUAUAUGACUUUAUCAUUGACAAAAUUAUUGACGAAAUGUCUAAACGAUUCAAAGAACUAGAUGAAUACAAAUUCAUCAUUUUGUUGAAUCACGAAAAAUUUGCCGAAUUCAAUGUCACAUUCCCUACAAAGAAUUUGAAAAUGCUUAUUUCGUACCAUUCUAAAUUCGAUGAAGCGAAGCUGUAUAAUGAGCUGACCGUUCUUUACUCGCGCGAAGAGUUCAGAGGCAAAAGUAUAUUGUAUUUAAUUUCGUUUAUCCUUGGACAAAACCUGCAUCAAACUUUCUCCGAAACGCUUCGGCUGGCCAGAAUGAUACUGACAUUGCCUAAUACAACGGCGUCCGUCGAACGAACGUUUUCGGUUCUCCGACGGAUCAAAAAUUAUUUGCGGUCUAAAUCGGGCCAGAAUCGAUUAUUUGGUAUUAUGAUGAUGGCUGUGGAGAAAGAUUUACUCCAUGAGAUGAUGCUGACGCCAUUAUUCUACGACGAUAUUAUCGACAAGUUUGCGUUAAAAGUGGCCCACUUGGUCACGCGUCGCCUCUGGAUGCAGGAGGAUCAUACUUAG